AUGAAGGAACGUUGUGAAUUUUUUCAGAAAGAAAUGGAACGUUUCUCUAAGAAAAGACUAAAAUUAGAUAGUGAAAAAAAGGAAAUCAAGGCAGUUGUAAGUGUUGAUGGCCCGAUGACAAACUUCUUGAUUGGUAUCGGAGGUGGCCUAGCUAUUGCCAUUUCAGUCGCAACGCUUGAAAUUGUAACAGCAUUCGCUGGAGCUGCUGUGGCUGCAUUAACUCUUACAGUGAAAAUCAAGGAUAAUCAUAGCAAUACAAAAACUGUCAACAACGUAACAGAACAGUGUAUAGUUGAUCCAGUUUCGGUGAUUUUAACCAUUCUCAAAGAAGUUGGCAUAGAGUUGAGCCGAAUCUUUGAGGAGCAGUUAUUCAAACUACAUGAUAAUAAAGAUGUAACGGAGAUGGCAUGCUGUGCUGUGAAUUUAAUGUUUAAAUUUGAAGAUGGUGAUAGAUUCGACAGAAAUGCGUUAUUAAGAAAUGUUUUUCUUGGAAAGGAUAAAACUAACACGAAACUGAAAACAAAGAGGCAUAACAAGAGGUGGCGAGUUCAAGAUGUUUUCCAAAAACCUGGUCUGCGUAAAGAAAUAGUCCCCAAAUCAGUUUCAUCUUCAUCUUUUGUUGAAUUCGAAUAUUUGAGCAAAGCUAAUGACACCUGCGACCCCCAGAUGUAUGGAUAUCGAGGCGAAAUCUUAGAAAUGAUUUGUAAGACAACGAACGAGUCAGAGGCACGAAAUAUUGGUUGUACAGAACCCGACGGCGGUGGAUAUGGUACCACAAGCUCAUGUUGUCCAGUUGAUAUAGAUGGGGCUAGGGGAGAAGUUACCUACUUUGGCGAAUGCGACAUUGACAAGGAGUACACCGAAAUUUGUGCAGAGACAAUUUAUUACCAACCAUUUCACUGCUUAAUUCGAUGUCCAAGUAUUUUGGAAAAUUUUGCAUCAAAAGGAGGCAAUCCCAGUCGGCCAUCUUUGAGGAACUUCGUAAGCAAAAUGUACCAUCCACGAGUCAGACCUGUGAGACCAGUUUAUCGACCUCAUUCUCCCCGAAUAUUGCAUUCUUUGAGCAAUACCGACCUCAGUGGCUCGGAGUUUUCUCGCGUCAACUUCAGCAGUUCCAGCCUUGAAAAUUGUGAUCUAACUGGCUGCACUAUACUGUUUGGAGAGUUCAAAGGAGCCAGUCUUUGUCGCUCGCAGUUCAAGGAAACGUACCUUUCCCACUGCAACUUGACAGACGUGAAUGCUCCAGGGUGUAAUUGGACGACUAACGAGUUUCUUCAUUCGUGUGUGGAUUAUGCUGAUCUGCGUGUUGGUGUUAAUAUAGUGGACGGUAACAGCAGGAAGGGGACAUCAUUGAAGAACGCUAACAUGACAGACAAAUUAUUAUGUAUGUAUUUUAUGCUCAUAAUUUCUUUUUUAUUUCUUUCUUAUCCUUUUACUCUCUCCUAUCCUUUUAUUGUUUCCUAUCCUCUUUUAUCUGCUGUUUUCCUCUUUUAUCCAUUUUUGCGCGAAUAAGUGCAACAAGAAACGGUGAAAGAGAAAAGAGAGUCUUUUCUUUUUUACCGUUUCUUGUUGCACUUAUUCUUUGUUUUUCUCCAUUAUACUUUAUUAUCUUCCUUUAUUCUCUUUUAUCCUGCCAUUUCUUCUCUUAUUGUAUUAUUUUUCUGAUAUUGUAUUGACCUUUCUUUCUUCAUCUUUUAAUCUCGCGUGUCCACCCUUGUCCUCAAUUAUCCUCUCUGACCCCAUCUUAGAAUCUCUAUUAAAAAAUAUGUUUUUUUUUUAAAUCUAAAAAAUUCGUAGAAUGAAUAUAUUUCGUCUGCUUCAUUUCAUUGUAUAAAUAGUAGGUGUUAUAAAAUAUUGCAAGGUUGGAAUAACAAUAUUUUUAUAAAAUAUUGCAAGUACAGGAAUUGCAAUAAUAGACGGUCUAAGUAUAACGUUUGAAACAUUUGAAAUCAACUUCCAGAAUGCAUGUGUAUUUCGGCCCAUGUUUGUCAAGUUACUGUAGAAAUAUAAUGGAUGCAGGGCCGUCGCGAAGUAGUUUACGCAGGGGUGUGGGUAUUGCAUUUGACGACAAAAGGUGUGGCAACUGGCAGUGACGUGCUCGAUCCCGUUCGCCAGAGGAGGUAACCUAAAAAUGUGGCGGCCAUCGGUAAAAAAAAUUCCGAAAUAUGCGUCGAUGGGCGGGAGGGCGUGUUGGAAUUUAGUUACACCAAAAGGCAAAAAUUUUAGUUUUUAAGAAUUGACCGACAAAUUGUUCAUUUUUCGAACAAAUUGUUCAUUUUUCUCUGUUUUUCAGAGGGCGUGUUACAUCCCCAACAUCUCCUUUAGCGACGGCCUGAAUAGAUGACUUUAAACUAACCUAGGCGUUUUUGUUUCGUGGUCGAUAUAGUACCCAGGGUAACCAAUCAACUAGAACCAACUGUACAUGUUCCGCCUGGAAUCAAGUG